AUGAGCCAUGAUACGCUCCUCCGAAGAGCUGUGCAUGAAAUGCGAAAGCAUACCCAAUACCACUUCAGCCGGGGAGACUACCUCACCAAAGACCACUGGCCUCGACAUAUGCGACUGGUCAAGGACGUAGCAGCUCGCUUGGCCACGAAAGACGGCAAAGCUGCUUUGCAGAAUCUCAAUGCCAAAGAGCAGCAUGCCAUACUCAAAGGCAUAGAUUACAGUCCCAAGGUUAUCAUGCCGAAGGAUAGCGAGGUGGACGUUCGAAUACCACCACCUUGGAGCAUACCAACGAGCCGUAGAGCCUACAUUAGACGCGGCCGAUCGAUGCUGGACAUUGAGCUGUAUCAAUUUGCGAAAUACAUGGCUUUAACGCCCAUGGAGCAAGCUGCGAGGCAAGCCGUAGCGGAGGAGAUUGUAGCGUUUCUUAGAAAGCAUCUCAGUGCAAGGACCGGCGUGGAGCUGUUUGGAUCUGCAGUGACAAGGCUCGCGACACCUGUGUCGGACAUCGAUGUUCGCGUGUGGGAUGAACUAGAUCGCGUCCAGAACCCGCAAAGACUAUCUGCACGCAUGGGCAGCCUGAGACACCAUCUAUACAACAGCACGCAGUUCGGUCUGGUCUUUCUACGACUCGGUCGGUACCCCAUCAUCAACUGCCAGCAUAUGGACAGUGGCAUACAAAUCCAGAUCGUGGCCGGAAGCGGUGCCGCUCCCCAACAAGAAGUCGUUGGCAAAUAUCUCGAGUCCAUACCCACCCUCCGCGAUCUCUACCCAACAAUCCGCACCUUCUUCGAGAUGCGCGGUUUCUCCGACGUCUACAGCGGCGGCAUCGGCUCCUACGGCCAGAUCGUCAUGCUCGUCGCCGCCGUAAACCGCAUCAAUCCCCACCAAGGCGACAAGCAACCCACUCUGUCCGACCACCUGCUCAGAUUCCUAUACUUCUACAGCCAACUCGACACAACCAAAUACGGCGUCGCCGCAGGCUCUCGCACUGUCUUCAAAAAACACGACCCCCACCCCAGCCUCCGCACAUUCUCCUUCGCCGCCCGCCGUCGCGGCGACCUCGUCCGCUCAGGCCAAUGGGCCAUCUGCAGCCGACAGGAAUUCGAGCCCUCCCUCCUCUGCAUCCAGGACCCCGCGACGCCCCACAACGACCUCGGACGGAGAUCCAGCGCCGCGAGGCACAUCCUGCUCACGAUUCAGAAUGCUCGGUACCGCUUGAAGAAACUUCUGGAGGAUCCGGAGAGGUUUCGGAGGGAUGAGUCGGUGUUGGAGGUGCUUGUGGGAAGGUGUCAUGAGGUUUAUGCGAGUCGGCGGAGGCAGAUGGAGGAGUUUGGGGAGAAGGUUACGAGGGAGAGGGAGGAGAGUGAGAGGGAAACGGUGGAGAGGGAGAGGGAAAGGGCGGAGAGGCAGAGUGUGAAGGCGGCUGAGUUGAAGAUGAAGCGGGAGGAGUCGGAGAGUGCUGAGGCUAACCAAGAGAGACUCCAUGAGCAGAUGGGGGAUGCUGAAGAGGGGACUGUACCUGAGCAGACUAGGACUACUGCAGGAGAAGCGGAGCCUGCGUCUGAAGGGGAACACCGGCAACGACGCGUAUCGUCGGCCGAUGCACUGUAG